AUGACCACGGGUUUUAACCUCAUAGAAAAUAACACAGUAUCUCAUUAUAUUUUAGAAGUAUUCAUCGGAGGAUAUAAUUUUACAGGAAAUACUCAAACAUCAGAUAAAAUCUCAGACCAAUCAAAAGUAAAUCAUUUUUAUUAUACUAUUUUUAUUUACAGAAUGUUAAAAAUGUUAAAUGGUUUGUGUUCUUUAAUAUCAUUUGACUAUUUGAAUACGUCUUUAUACUGUUGUACUCUUGAGUACCUACGUGAUUCGUGGUUUUCUUAUAUGACUAAUAUAACAGUAUUUUGGACAUAAGAUAAUGCAAAUCCGUGAGGUUAUGUAAUUGAAUAGUUAUCAAUUUGUCAUAAUAGUCAUAGGUAAUAAAAUCUGUUACGCUGUUACGCACUAUACGUUUUAUGAAGAUGUCUGUUUUUUUAGCACUUUUUGCGGUACUUCGACAUUGUUUAAAAAAUCUAUCGAAUUUUCCAGCAAUCAACCCCAUUUUUCAGUGGUGAAUAUAAGAUAUUAUUCUGGAGUGGGCCCAACAUUUUUCAUAUUAAUUUUAAACAAAGAGCAAUAACUAUAAAAUACAGAUAAGAUUAUACAAUCAAAUAUUACCGCAUUAUCGACUAUCGUAAUAUUCGGUCUAACAGCAAUUUGAACAACGAUUUAUAAUUUCUAUUAACUCGUAUUAUUAUAACUACAAUUAUAAUUGUCAAGGGGGCCGGGGGGUCUGGACCCUCUCGGCCACCCCUUGAAUCCGCCACUGCCGUUGUCGUUCUCAAUGAUUUAUCGUUGCGUAAUGCAUACAGUAUAUAAACUAAACUACAUUGUGUAUCCCGCCAUCUCAACUUUCCACCUAUAACAGCGUUGUCUACUUGUAAGCAAUAAUAACUUUUUAAUUUAUCAAUUUCGACUUUACAAUUCGCCAUACAAUUUACAAAUAAAUACAGUUUGUAUGAUGUUACACAGAUUGUACUAUAGGUUUUUAAUUUAAAAAUGUAAUUAUAUACAAAUUAAAUAUAUUAUGUAUUUUCAAUUGCUUUGAAGAAUGAAGAAGCGAAUUUAAAAACAAAGUAUAUUAUAAAAUUAAUUUUGGACGGUGUUUUGGACACUGAAAUUGCCGGGUAUGAUAAAGGCGAAGAAGAAAAAGAAGAAGGACAUAAAGACGAAUGCGCAACUUAUUUUAACGAUCAACUAGACUUAAAUAUCGAUGAAAUAAGUCGACAGUAUAAUGUCGAGAAACCUGUUUGUAAUGCAUACACGGUUUGUUAUAACAUCGCGAACAAAGAUAAAAACGAUGAAUACAUGUCUAUGCAGCCGACAAUGAAUAAAGGUGAAACCAUAAAGAUAACGUUUUACUAUUUAUAAUACAAUACAAUUUAUUAAUUCAAACGUGUAAAAUUCGUUAAAUAUUUUUUUAUCGAGGGGGAGAGGGAAUUCUUCAAUCUUCUUUGUCCAUACCUACGUCCAAGACAUUUGUUUCUGUAGUCAUUGGUAUAUAAAUACUAAAUGUUCGGACAAUUUUUUUUUACAUUUAUGUUUUGAUUUAUAAUAAUAACUCCGUUGGUAUAGCAAUUUUAAUUAUGCCAACUAAUUUUAUACCAAACAUGAAACAUCUCUAAACCAAUAUCAAGAGACUAAUAAAUAAAGUAGGUACUUAAUUACUUUUAAUGUUUAUAGAAACCCAAGCGCGGUCGAAUGGUGAGCUUUUCCUAACUUAGUUUUUUUUAUAACCUUCAAAAAAUUUUCUUCUAAAUAAUAUAUAUUUAUUAUUUAUUAAUGUACCUAAAUACAAAGUGUACAGAAUUUAAGUUACAACAAUAAAUUGUGUUCUAUACAUAUAAUAAAAUAGAGAAUAAUGUACAUGGACACAAGGGGGGGGGAGGAAUUUGGGAGUCAACUUUUGAAAUUCAAAGGAGAACCUAUAUUAAAAAUUCCAGAGGUAGAUUGAGUAUUGGUUCAAAUAAAUUUAUGAUUUCCGUCAAUCCGUUGACGAGAUAUACCACUUUUUUCAUUUUCUUUUAGUCAUUAUUUAACACAUAAGUGAAAGAUAAAAUUAAUAUUAAAAAAAUAGGUAUUAAACUACCCACGGAUAAAGCCGAGUAAUACAGCUUUACUAGUAAAAAUAUAUAGGUACCAUCAUAGUCUUUGUUUGUCGUGUUCACGAUAAAAUGAUGAGUGAGUUAAAUAUAUACUGUUGUAAGGGUUGAGCGUAUAGCGCAAUUACAAAUUUUAUUCCGGCUAACUCCAUAAUCUUAAUUACCAUUUGUUGCAAAUGAGUAAAUCCGAGACAAUAGCUACACUGCUAUUGUCACGGGUCCGAUUGGAAUUUUCAUUGAUGAUUUAUAAACAUGUGCCUAGAGAUUGUACAUUGAAAUCAGGAAAAAACUCCAAAAUAUAGGAAAAAUAAAUUUCAUAGCAACAUAUAUUAUCGUAAUAUUAAUUACGAAUAACCAACUUACCUGCCAUUUAAAAUUUUAAUAAUAAUAAUACACUAUCCUAUCCUCUGACUAAAGUAACGAUAAACCAAUUUCCACUAUUUAUUUCUUGAUUCUUAACAAUUUUUUGAAUUGCAUUAUAUUGAUUGCAUUAAUUUAAAUAAGCUUCAUAUUGUUUACUUUUAAAUUUAAAAUUUGGUAUCAUUUUUGAAGAGUUGGGUUUUCAUGAUUAAAUACAUUUUAGGUUUAGCCUCUGAGUUAAUACUUCAUUUUAUUAAUCAACAAAAAUAUACAGAAAACAGAAAUACAUGAGUACAUAGCAAUGUUAUAUUAUAUAUUUCUAAAAGUUAAAAGUUAAUAAAUUGUUUUGUAUCAGUCUUGUCUUUUUAUGAAAUAAUUUUAAUUUCACAACUUAAUUAUUAUUAAUUAUUUUUAAUGAUAGACGAAAAUAUUUCAUCACCAUCAAUAUUGCAAUCCAAUUCAUCUCUGUCUGAUUUUGGUUAUUACUUUGAUUAUAGGUUAAUGAAAUAUCAUAACCAAACGAAAUAAACGGUUUUGAUAUUUGGUUAUUGAUAAAGUAAUGAUUAGAUACUUAGCCAGUAGUUUUUUUUUAUUAUCAAUUAAUAUUAUUUCUUAUAACCACAAACAUGUCGUUUUGCCAUUAACCAAAAUCAUGUAACCAUAACUGUUAAUGAAUAUAACCAGAUCAAUCGCCAAAACACACCUCAUGUUUUUUAUAUUAUUAUGUUUUUUUAAUUUAUUAUCAUUUAUCAAUUAUAACUUUUUUUGGACCUUCUUUUACAAUUUUUUUAUGGACUCAUGGAAAAAACAGUUUUUUUCGAGUAUUUUUCUAAUCUUUCCGUUAUUUUGAACACUACACGUACCAACUAUUUUGGUGCACUUUUGACUCAGUUUUAACCGCUGUCUACUUACGUGUAGAACUGUAGUCGUACGAACGAUGUUUUUUUGGGACUUGGUAACCAUUAUAAGGGUAUAUUACUAUUGGAUUCAUUGAAUAAGUCGUGACGUGAAUGUCAUCCUCUCUAUCGUUUCCCUAAAAAGCAUUGGUCUAUAAAUUUGUAUUUUUAUUGACAUCGGGCAUGUCCCGUAAAAAAAAAUAAAAAAAUAAAUAAUCAAAUAAACUAUUUUUUUUAGGAGUCAUCUGUAUUUUCGCCUGUGUACCUAAAACAUUAAUAACACUUUUACAAAGGUAAGUACAAUAAGGUAUAUAUUAUUGUUAUUAUUAUUUUACCGUGAUGAAAAUAUAUUAUGCUACUCCAAUGCGUCUAAAUAAAAUCAUAGCACAAGAAUAAAAUUGUUUUAUAUUUAAGAGCUUCAUGAAUGAGUAUUAUAGUAGGUAAUUAUUUUAGUGAAAUUUUGUAAAACAUUCAAGUUUAACAAUUAAAAUAUGAUAAUUUGAUUGUUAUUUAAAGAUAUAUUUGUAUGUAUACGUGAAGCUGAAUCUAUUAAAAAGAUCCAAUAACUUAGUGCUUAAACACAUGUAAAAAUAAAAUAAGACGGCAUUAAAAAAAAUGCCGUUUCAUCAGAAUUUCCCAUUUUAUUUAUUGUAAUUAUAGGCUCACAUUCGAUCCACGUCAUAAUGUUGCGGCAAUAAUGUCGUGAUUAAACAUUUUUGCGAUCACAACAAUUUCGCAAAUUUAAACAUUUCGCUGUAAUAAUUAUAAUCUGUAUUUAGUGUGAUUUAUAUACAGUGAGGUUAGAUUAAAAAUAAUAAUUUCUUAAAUUUCGUAAACUUGUAGUUAUCAUUUAAACAGUUUAUAUACCUAGUCAAAUUAGUUAUUAAAAAAUAAUUGUAUUAUUUAUAUUAUAAUUGGUACUGAAAAUUGUGGAAUACUCCGCGUAAGUAGUAGUCAAUCGAUUUUUUUUCGUACUCAUUAACAACGUUUAAUAGUCUUAAAGCCGAGUCUUUGUAAUUUUUUUUUUGCCGGAAAUUCGAAAUCAGCAAUAUAUGUAUUGAACAAUGUUCAAUUUUUAAAUUAUUUUAGCAUUCAUCAUAAUAAAAUUGCAUAAAGUUUAAUCUCCGUUCAUCUUAAAAUAUGAUAACUUGACAAAAAAAAUUUUACCUUUAAAAAUUGUAUAGAUUUUUUUUAUGUAGCGACAGUUUUGCGCAUGCGAUGUUUUUAACGGCGACAUUUUGACCGCGAUAUUAUUGCUACGACAUUUUGACGGGAUACCCCUGCCUGCAUUCCUUUUUUCCAAACUCCUUUUUCUAAUAAAUAUAUUUUACUUACUUUUUACGAACUCUUUAUGUUUCUGAAAAAAGGACUCUAAUAUAUAAUUAUUUCAGGAACCCUUUUGAAAUUAUGGUUUGCGAGAAAACCGAAAGUGAUGAAAAAGUGUUCGGCAUAAUUUCACUGUCACUGAGUGGUGCGAUGGGGUUUACUGAUGCGAUCGCCUAUCAUUUUUACGAAAAAGGAUAUAGCAUGCAUUCGCACACCAGCGAACAUCUCUGCGACGUGAGAAGCAUAGACGGCACCCAGUCCGUCGGGGAUAUUUUCGUACGUUUUAAAUUGACGUGCUGCGGGCCCAAAGCGAAGGAAGUAAAUCAAAUUUGGCUUAAAUUAAAUGAUCGGUCGUCACAACAGGACCCAGUAUUUGUGAACGACGAUCCGUUUGACUAUACAUUUCACAAAUGUGUUUUAAAUUUUCCGCCAAAAUCAAUAUACGACAAAAUAGAAAAGUCGAAAAACAAAAUAAAAUCGAAUAACCCGGAAAUCAAAAAAUUGCUAAGAUAUAAAAGGUAACUACAGUUGUUGUUGCUGUUGUUAUUAUUAUUACUGUAUUAUUAUUAUAACGAAAUCCGUUUGAGUAAUGCGACUACAAUGACGAUGUUAUAAUAAUAAGGGUAAUUCGAAACAAAACACAUGAAACCGCCUGAACAGCGCGGAAACUCGAAAUAUUAUACUGUUCAUUUAGCGUUUACGUUUGUCACGUUACUUAAUAAUUAUACAUAAUGAUAACAUAAUGAGAGACAUUCAUUGUCUCGAAAAUUGUUAAUCUAUUUUCAGAAUUAGAUUUUUAGACAAUUUUAGAAAUUAGUAGCUCUAAAAUAUUACAUUAUUGUUAUGUUUUGUACUAUACAUAACGCCGUACGUCAUGUCACUACACACAUGACGCUCCACUGUUUUCUCCACUGACAUUUUUUAUAUAGUUUGCUAUUUGAAAAUUAAAAGUGGGUAGUGGUUUCACGUUUAGGAGAUUUCACGUCAUAUGAUCAAAUGGCUUGUGUUCAAAUGAUAAGUAUGGAUAGCCACAAGGAUCACAAGAAAUAUGGAUAGUGUAACAUUUUAGAGCUGAUGGUUUCUUACAUCAUCUAAAAAAUAAUUUCCGAAAUAAUAAUAAAUAUCUUAACAUUAUGUCGAUCAAGCUCCACACUAUUUGUGUCAAAUUCAUUAGCGUUGGGUGUCAAGUGAAUAAUAAUUCAUCAUGAAUCAUCAGAAUUAUUUUAUUUUAUUUAUUUCACUACUAAAAAAUAUACACGUUAAAUCUAUUUUCGGAGUUAAUAUUCAAUAAGAAUUUAUUUUUCCUCUUUAUAUAGGACAAUGUAUUUCGAUUAAAAAUUAUUAGAUUAGUUUAUCAAAUAUACUGAUAGACGAUUCAAAAGUGAAAUAUUGACUUUUUUUCAGCAUUAAAAAUUAUACAAAAAGAGGCCUGUGCUCUUGUCCCUGCAAUGAAAUAUUAAAAGCGGCCAAAAGUUUAAUGACUGAAAAAACAUAAACAUUGUGUUUCCAUCAAAUUUUGAAAAUUUAGAAAAUUGGAAGAAAAAAAUAAUACACUAGCUAAUAGCUAUUAUUAUAAUAGCUAAUUAAAAAAUAGUACCGACAAAACUUGUUUGUUUGAUGGUAAUUUACUACUAACAAUUUGAUUUGUACUAUAUCCAAUUAAAAAAAUAUAUUUCGACUCACGUAAACUAUCCCUGGUAACCAUUGUAAGUCACUAAAAUAAAAUGUAUGACGUACAAAAUUUGAAAAUUUAAUACUCAACAAUUUUAGAGAAUAAAGAAUGUAGAUAAUAUAUUAUUUGAUUGUCUGAGUCAUAAAAAUUAUCUUUAGGUAAUAAUCGCAAAAUAUGGGUGCUGGGUAAAGUGCAUAUUAUUUAUUUGUGCAAUCGACCGAUAGCCGAUAAUCAUUAUGAUUUUUUUUUUUUGACCUUUUAGUUCAAAUAUUUAAAAAAGCUUUAAAUUUAUAAUCUAAAGAAUUUAUCGUGAGAUUCUUUUCUCUAGAGUUAUGUUAGUUUUAUAACAAAAACUUAACGAUUUUGAAAAAUUUUCUAUAUUUGUAACUUCAGAGCAGUAGUGGCACGGGUUAAAUUUAUUUGAUUUGUCUAAAACUUUAUUUAUAUGAUUAUUUUUAGUAAUGGAACUUAUUAGGGGGGAGUAAUUUGAAAAAUUUGGUUAUUUUUUUUUUCAUACAUAAUAGAGGACCACCCUACUAGCUAUCGCAAAAGACAAAUUGCAACAAGACAUUGAGCAAGUUCAACGAAAAUUAAACCACCAUUUAAAAGAACAGGAGUAUCAACGCUAUAAAACACGCAAUAUUAACGACGUUGACACAAAGAUUAUAAUGGAAUUAACAAAACGUGGAUUGGACAUCGACCCAUUAAAAACAAAAAUAAGCAAGAAUGACACACAGUGGGUUACAUGGAUAUCUGAAAAAACCAACUCAGUCGAAAUAACAACUCCGAGUUUCGAUGGUGUACAUUAGGGUGGCCCUUAUUUUACGAUAUUGGAUUUUCUUCAGUCUCACCCCAUAAAUUACUUUCAAUAUACAAGUAUAUAUACAAAUUAUGUGCACAAAAUUUCAUGUCGAUAGAUUAAGUUUAACUCGUGCCCUCUAGUUCUUAAAAUUCGAAAGCACGAUUUUAUUCAAAUAACCACGGUUUUAUUUAAAUUUUUUAUUAAUAUCUCGUUUUAACUAUUUCAUAUAAAAAUACGUAUAUGACAUUAUUUAUUGUAAAUAAAUUUUCUAUAAUUCUUGUUCAAUAGAGGUUUUUGACUAACGUAAUAUUUUUUUUUAUAUAUAAUUAAUUAUGAAUCAUUAUAAAAAACGUAAAUAUUUUACAAGUUUACAAAUUAUGUAAUAUCAUUAAUACCUAUUAUAUUACGUUUUUAUUGUCUUAUUUUUUUUGAAAACUGAUUUAAUUUAUUAUCUGAAAUAAGCACAUAGCACACUCUAUAAUAAAAUUAUUUGAUUUGAUUAUCUUUUAAUCUUGAAAUGAUUCGAAAAAGUUUUAAGAAUAGACUACUCUAAAAAAUUGACGGUAAAUUUUUACAUAUUUGUAUAUAAAAUACAGGCAUUACGUGUAAUUUUUUUGUAAUAUGCGUAAAGUAAAAUUCAACCUAAACGAAAGUGCAAAACUUGUUAUCCAAGAAAUAGUUGUAUUUUUGCAAAAACCUCGCAUUCCAGUAAGACAAGAAUACAAUAACAUUAAGAAGCUGGAAUCAUUAUACGAAGAAUAGAAAACUUUACAGAAACAUGCAACGAGAAAAAUCGAAAUAAAUAAGAAAAAACAAGAAUGUUUUGUGAAUGAGUUGGAUGACCUUUUUGAUAUUGCACAUAUAAAUGCAUUGGAUAUUAUUAAAAUAGAAAUAGAUAGACAAUUCUCACUAUCUCAAAGAGAAAAAGGUAAAAUUGGUUGUAUGCUUGGUAAAGAUAAAAAUGUACAUAAACCUGAAAAAAGAGUAAUUACUCGGUUAGAAGCAGUUACAAAAAGGAAAAAGAGAGCUUAUGGAGAAAUUGAACAAGCAAGUAAAACUGUAAAUUUCUAUCAAACUAUUUUAAAUUAUUUUAUAAAUUUAAUUUAUAUUAGGACGUACUGUUGACAGCGAAAUAAUUUUGUAGUAAUACAAAAAAUAGAAAAAACAAAAAGGAGGGUAUAAAAGGGGUUAUGGGGGGAAUCCUGCACACAACAACAACUACGCUCCACCAACUUCUUUCGAGGAUUUCUCUAGCUCUAGCUCCGACUUUUAGCAGCUAUAAUCACUCGUGUUCGAUUUAUUUAUUAAUUUACAUUGAAACCAGAUUUCUGGUAUAAAACGUGCUCACAUUAUAAACAUUUUUUUUUUUUUUAAAAGACAUCACUGUAAAACCAUAAGGUUCUUCGUUACUUUCAAAAUCUAAAAAAAAAACACACAUCAGAAGCAAAACCUUAUCACUAGACACGAAUUUUCUCCAAACAAGUUGAUGGAUUUUUAAAAAUUAUUGUUUAAUUAUUUAAAAGGUAAAGUUAAAUUUUUGAGUAGUAGGGAAAUGAGGAUUCAGCACCCUCCUCCUCCUCCUCCUCCUCCUCCUCUUCAUCGAUCUAUAUUUUUCCCCACCCCGUUUUUCUAAAAAUGAGUAACUAUAAUUUAUGGUUUAUACUUUGAUAAUAACAGCUGCUGACAUAUGUGGUCAAAACAAAAAAAUUUAAUUUAAUGUAGUAUUUUUUUGUUAUAAGAAUUUUAAUAUCAAAUUUCGAUAAAAAUUGUUUUAAUUAAAAAUAUGGAACAAAUCUAGUUACUGGUCUGUACAAAUUGGUCCAAUGUUUAUAUUAGUGGUUUUCAACCUUUUUGGAUCCACGGUUCUUCUGAAUUUUAAGUCCAAAUUAACCUCCCUUACGAAUAAUGAUUGCAGUAAAAAUUAAAAUGAAUGAAUUUAUAGUAUUACUCUACUAUCUACUAUAUUUACUAUAGACUAUUUAUACUAAACCUCGACGCCCCUGGGAGCCGCGACGCACAGGUUGAAGAUCACUGGUAUAUAUAUUAUACUAUAAUAUUGACAUAUAUAUUUAUAUAUAUAUAUAUAUAUUGUUAAAAAUCAAUAUUAUUACCAAGUUCCGCUCAGAAUCAUUUUUCGUUAGUAAUGAUUAAUCUUUUCUUACAGAUACACAUUAAAUUCCUCUCUAUAUCCUACCAUCCCAACUUCUCAUCUAACAACAGUGGUCCACCCUUCGUGCGAAGUAUGUCACUGUGUCCUUUUUUACUAUGUUUUUAUUAUUUUCUUAUGUGUUAUUGAAAUUAUGUCAGUGCUUUAUAUUUGAUCGCGUGUAACUAGUUCUAAAAGAACUAAGACGGUGCUGGAGUUAAUCGAAGGAAACCUAUCAGAAUUUAGAUAAUGAUGGUAUUAAUAAACAAUCUCCAGUCACCAAUUACAUCUACCAAAUAUGAAGCGUUUUACAGAGUAGUAGGGAAAUGAGGAUUUAUCCCCCUCCCCUUCUCCUCCUAUUCAUCGACCUAUAUUUUCCCCCACCCCUUUUUUCAAUUAUUUUCUAUAUGCAACACGUACUCGGUCUAUUUUGACCACACCCCCUUAUUUUUCCCACCUUAUCAGUUACUUACUCGACUUACUCUCAUCGUUAUCAUAUACCUAUCACUUUUAUCACAAGCUAUACCUGCUGUUGCCGUUGUCAUGCACCUAUUGUUAUCGUUAUACUUGUGAUUAUUAAAUUUGAUUUAUGUACAAAUAAUAUACCUACAUACGUCACACACAUCACAUAUAUACACACAAAUAUCGGAUUGUUUUGUUGUUUAAUUAUGUAGAUACUCUAAAUCAAAAAUUUGUCAAAAAUGUGUUAAAUAUUAUUUAAUUUUUUUAUAUACAUCUUACAUACCAUUUGGUUCAUCAUAGAAUAAUAUACCGCAAGUGUCUAGAUAAUGGAUGGACCAUGAACUCACCAACUAUCCUUCAGUUCACCAAGUGAUUUCUCUCGCCUUUUAUUAUUUUCCGCCCUCUUUAUUUUUAAUAGUAUUUUUCGAAAAAAUGUUUGCAUGUAUCGUUUGUUCUCGUUCAUUCACUAGAAUGGAUAAUUUAAAACGUCAUUUGAAUAACCACAAUAACCUCACAUUUCCAUGUACUGAAUGUACAAGAAAAUUUACGGUGAAAAGUAAUCUCGCCUGUCAUCAGAAAACCAUGCACAUUACGUAUACUAUUUUAUUAUUAUUAUAUUAUAUUCUUUAAUAAUUUGUAUCUCAUUAGACACAAUACAAAUCGCGCCAUCGAUAUUUGAACCCGUACAACAUGCAGCCCCAACGACAUCGGGAGCCGGUAGCCCGGAAGACAUAAAUAAUGACGAUGAAUGCUACAAAAUAUUGGACCGCGUUGAUGAUCUAUCAGACUCGGACGUUAAUUUUUUUUUCGAGAGUAUUAAAAAGAGAUAA